CAGGUCAGUCCCGCACCACCAGCCAGCAACGGCAAACACCCGCACCGCUGGCCCCCUAAAAGCUAAUCCUCAUCCUAACUCUCAACUCUCCCUCACCCUGGCCAGACCACUCCGUCCACCAUGGCACGCACCUUGCACACUCCCGAGACCCCCGAACAGAUCAAACAUGAGCUGGAGACGCAGUUUCUGUCGCCACCAACCACAUUCACUCCCGAGUGGCUAAACAAGCUGCAGCAGCGCUGGGACUACCAGGCUUCCAAUUACACCGAGCUCUGUCAGUUAGCACCCACUCAGACUCGGACAGUCACUCGCUUCACCCGCAAAGGGCUGGAAGGCAAGGUCGCAGCCUACCGUCAGGUCACCGUGCCCGCCUCAGGCGCCACUGCAAAGAACUCGACGUCACUUCUCCGGAGACCAGCAAAUAGAUCCGAGUUUGUGCGAGGGGCAGCGGGGUUUUUCCCCUUUGCGCCUGGUGGAUUGGAUGGGGUCGACACGAUUCAAGCCUACGAGGACCAGGUGAGACUAGAGGAAGAACAUAGACGGCCGGCGAAGAAGGCCAAUGGGCUCGCUCGCAUCAUCAAUUUCGGAGUCGAUGAUGGCCUGUUGCAAGUGCCUCCGGGAUUUACCAGGGGCAUGAGAUUUUCCGACAAGAAAUCGACCGAGGCGCAACAAGAUGCAGAAGACGUAGAAAAGACACUGGAAUCCGACGAAGAAACUGAACUAGGCCCUAAGGUGGAUGAGCGCGAUGGGGAGACGGCUGCUGCCUCGGAGAAUGGAGAUGUAGCUGUGGAAGAAGACGAGGACGACGAAUAUGCCGACCUGGAUGACCUCCUACCAGUGGAAUUCCCAUCCUUGGAGCCGCGUGGAGACUUGCUGCGAGCAACUACCAAGGCACCAGGCAAAACAUGGGCUCACGUGGUGGAUAUCAACAAGGCCAUUCCAAACUUUGCAGAAUUAGUCCCUGACAUGGCGCGGACGUGGCCUUUUGAACUCGACACUUUUCAGAAAGAGGCCAUCUAUCAUCUUGAAAGUGGCGACUCGGUGUUUGUUGCCGCCCACACCUCGGCGGGCAAGACUGUCGUUGCCGAAUAUGCCAUAGCCCUGGCUGCGAAGCAUAUGACCAAGGCCAUCUAUACCUCCCCCAUCAAGGCCCUGUCCAAUCAAAAGUUCCGCGAUUUCAAAAACGUCUUCGACGACGUUGGCAUCUUAACCGGAGAUGUCCAGAUUAAUCCGGAAGCCAGCUGCCUCAUCAUGACGACAGAAAUUUUGCGAAGCAUGCUCUAUCGUGGUGCCGACCUCAUUCGAGAUGUGGAGUUUGUCAUCUUUGACGAAGUUCAUUAUGUCAAUGAUCUUGAGCGAGGAGUUGUUUGGGAGGAGGUCAUUAUCAUGUUGCCCGAUCACGUCACACUUAUCCUGCUUUCCGCCACCGUCCCUAAUACCUACGAAUUUGCGUCGUGGGUUGGGCGUACCAAGAAGAAGGACAUCUACGUCAUCUCCACGCCCAAGAGACCGGUACCGCUGGAGCAUUAUCUAUGGGCAGGCAAAGAGAUACACAAGAUUGUGGAUUCCGAGAAACGGUUCAUUCAGAAAGGCUGGAAAGCCGCCAACGAUAUCUUGUCGGGACUUGAUAAAAUCAAAGAGCAGAAAGCCAUCGAAGCCCAGGCGCCUGUUCGUGGAGGACACGCGUCAGGACAGCGGGGCGGGGGUCGCGCCCAGCCUCAGCGCGGCGGAUCGAAUCAAAGAGGUGGUGCACAGCAGCGAGGUCGGGGAGCAGUCCCGAACCGCGGCCAAGGCAAUAUUGCGCGAACAGGACGCGGUGGGGGGAGAACGACGGCGGCUCAAGACAGGAACAUCUGGGUGCAUCUCGUCCAGUUCCUGCGAAAAGAGAAUCUAUUACCGGCCUGCAUCUUUGUGUUCUCCAAAAAGAGGUGCGAAGAGAACGCCGACUCCCUCUCAAACCAAGACUUCUGCACUGCAGCAGAGAAGAGCGCCAUUCACAUGAUUAUCGAAAGGUCAAUCGCAAGACUCAGACCUGAAGACCGAGUGUUGCCGCAAAUCAGACGGCUGCGUGAGAUGCUCGGCCGCGGUGUCGCCGUCCACCACGGAGGUCUGCUGCCCAUUGUGAAAGAGAUUGUGGAGAUUCUUUUUGCAAGGACUUUGGUGAAGGUGCUAUUCGCUACGGAAACAUUUGCGAUGGGCCUGAAUCUUCCUACGCGAACAGUUGUUUUCUCGGGGUAUCGCAAGCAUGACGGCCGCGAAUUUCGAAAUCUACUACCCGGAGAGUACACCCAAAUGGCUGGCCGCGCCGGACGCCGAGGCCUUGACACUGUUGGGACAGUCAUCAUCGUGACACCGGGCAAGACUGAGGCACCUUCGGCGGCAGAAUUGACCCAGAUGAUCACUGGUCCCGCCACAAAAUUACGCAGCCAAUUUAGACUACAUUACAACAUGAUCCUGAACCUCAUGCGAGUCGAGGCAUUGAAGAUUGAAGAAAUGAUCAAGCGCAGCUUCUCGGAGAAUGCGACACAAGCACUACUGCCUCAACACGAGGAGCAGGUCGCGUUGUCCCAGGCAACCUUGGACAAGAUCAAGCGAGAACCUUGCGACAUCUGCGACAUCGACGCGGAGGCCUGUCACGAAGCAGCCAUGCAAUUCGAACAGCUAACCAAGGAACUCCACAUUAAUUUGCUGUCGUCGCCGGUCGGACGGCGCCUUUGGACUGCUAAGAGAUUGAUAGUAUUCAAAAAAGACGGCAUCCGUACGGUUGGAGUGCUCCUCGAGGACGGAGUACGGGCCGGGGCGAAUCGAGGCCUCAAAGUUCUUGAAAUAUCCCAUAUUGACGCCAAGCGAUCGACGCGAGAUCUGCUUCCAUACCUGCCGCGUGUGCGCAUGAUGUUCUCCCCCUUGCCGGAAAGGGCUUCCCAGGUCAAAUGGCGGGUCACCCAGGUUGCGUUGGACGAUGUGGAAUGUGUUACCCAGACGGUUGUCAAGGUCGAUCUGCGUUCGUUGCUCCAGUCCGAUGAGGCGCAACGGAAAUUCGCCGAAGAAGAAUUCGUCAACGUCUAUUCAUCCUGGAUCUCGACGGCGUGGGAUGAGCAAGAGUGGAGCAAGUUGCAUGAAUUGCACAUCCGCGAUCUGCUGCACAAGAGGAACGAGGCCGCGCAGAUUUUCGAGAACAGUCGAUGCCUGCAGUGCCCCCAGUUUUUGAAGCACUACGGCAUGCAGCAUGACGAGUGGCUGAUCCAGGAAAACAUUCAAUCCUUGAAAAUGCUAAUGUCUGACCAGAAUCUGUCACUGCUGCCGGAUUACCAGCAGAGGACUGCAGUGCUGAAGGAUCUCGGGUUCAUCGAUGAACAGUCUCGCGUUCAGCUGAAGGGCAAAGUCGCCUGCGAGAUCCACUCGGGCGACGAGCUUGUCAUCACUGAACUGAUUCUGGAGAACGUGCUUGCGUCGUUCGAGCCCGAAGAAAUCGUGGCCCUCCUUUCGUCCUUUGUCUUCCAAGAAAAGACGGACAGCGAACCACAACUUGGCGGGAACCUUGAACGUGGCAAAGAAGCCAUCAUCGAAAUCUCCGAGAGGGUUAACCACUACCAGAUCCUGCAUCAGGUGAUCCUCUCUUCCGACGAUGCCAAUGAUUUUGUCUCGAGACAACGAUUCGGACUGGUCGAGGUGGUCUAUGAAUGGGCGCGGGGGAUGUCAUUCAACCGCAUCACCGAUCUGACGGAUGUGAUGGAGGGCACCAUUGUCCGAGUGAUUACGAGACUAGACGAGACGUGCCGGGAGGUGAUGAGUGCCGCGAGGCUGAUCGGGGAUCCCUCGCUGUAUGCAAAGAUGGAAAAGGCGAGGGAGUUGAUCCGACGAGAUGUGGUGUUUACGGCCAGUCUAUACAUGUAAGAGUCGCGCGACGAAGGUGGGACACCACCGGCCGUGUUCUUUCUCUACCUGAAGGCUGUAGAUCACGUAUCUGAAUUACGG